AACGUUAACGCUGUCAUAUUAAAGCAGAAGAAGAAGAUUCUGCUCUGUGUGAGCGGCGGCUACAUCAAAGGUAGGCGUGAUUCUACCUGCUGCUCUCUCCUCUCAUGGCACGUGGAUGAUUAAUCAUGUUAUGCUGCGCGUCAGCGCGUGCUCUUGAGCUGGAGCGCAAAGUGCUUUUAAACCUGGAGCUUCACUUUGUGUGCGCGGACCGCGAGAGCUGCAGGGUGAGACACAGCUCCGCGUGCGUGAAUGACAAAACAUCAGUCAGGUCUGAGCGAGAGACAGAGAGCUGCUGAGCGAGCGCGAGGACAGUCUGAAAACUUACACGCGCUGUGUCCAUGGCGUCCCUUGUAAGCGCGAGGGGACCCACGAGCCUGCUGUGAGCAUCAUCAUCAUCAUCAUAAUCAUCACCAUCAUCCUCUCUGCUGUUUUCAACGCGACCUGUUCAUACCUGAGCGCGCGUGCAGCGCAGGGAUAAUGGGAGAGUCGCUCGGACGUCAGGUUGUCUCCCUCAGCGCGAGGACAUGGAUGAAGGACUUGUGGAUUUAAACCUCUAAAUGAAGAAACCCGCGCGACAAAAUGUUCCUGAAGGCAACAUUUGAUUCGUACUUUCACUGGUUAUCGAUUCACUGACCAGCUCGAGACCAAUUCAAGAGGCAGCCGUGCGUUCAUCCAUUCAUGAGAGGGAUUUCAACAUGUUGUGAGAAAUGAACGCUGUGAGUUAGCCGUCCUUCAUGCUGAGGAGACCUGUGCUGUAACCCUUGAAGAGACACCAUACCCGCAGAGACAUGGCUCGUCUGCUUGUGUUGGUCAACUCCGCCGUCCUGUUGCUUUUGGGCAGCGACAUGUUCUUGGUAGGAGCAAAUCGUCCACCAGCUCCCGUCAAUGUGUCCGUCAUGCACCUGCGCGCAGACUCCGCUACAGUAUCCUGGGAGGUUCCAGAGGGAGAUAUAAUCAUUGGCUUCUCCGUCUCACAACAGAGGCAGGACGGACACAUGCAGCGAUUCAUUAGGGAAGUAAACACCACCAGCCGCUCAUGUGUCCUCUGGGACCUGGAGGAAGAAACGGACUACAUCAUCCAGGUUCAGUCGAUCGGCCUCUACGGGGAAAGCCAAGCCAGCAAGAAGGUCCAUUUUCGUACUCUGAAGAAGACGGACCGCUUCCCCUCCAACAGCUCCAACCAAGAUGACCCCACCGUGCAGGGCCUGGAUAAAUCCCGGCAUCUACAAACAGGAGAGAUGAUCAUAAUCGUGGUGGUCCUGGUCAUGUGGGCAGCUGUUAUUGCCCUGUUCUGCCGGCAGUAUGACAUCAUCAAGGACAACGACUCAAGCAACAACAAGGAGAAGGCCAAGCCGUCGUCGGAGAGGAGCACGCCGGAGCACCACAGCGGAGGGCUGCUGCGGAGCAAGUUUCAUCCCUCUGUGCCGUCGAUCAACAUCAUUGAAGUUUGACAAGAUGGAAGCUGACGUUAAUUCCCUCUCUCUCUCUCUCUCUCUCUCUCUCUCUCUCUCUCUCUCUCUCUCUCUCUGUCUCUCUCUUUCUCUCUCUCCUCUACCAUCAAUGCACUUCGACCUUUCUCACUGAUGAGGAAACGAGAUUAAAGGAUGUAAAGUUUCUGUGGGUAUUCAUCAGAGAAUCAGGUUGAUCCGUAAUGUCUUAUCAGAGAUGCACAUGCAUGCACACAGUAUUUGUGGGGGGAACGCCGAACUACAGGGUCAGAGUGAAGCAAGAGAGCGUAGACCUGGAUUUAUGCCAGGUGUGUCUCGACUUGAACUUGUAGUCCAGUUAAAACCAAUAGAGAACGAGACUUUAAGUUGGAUUCACCUUCUAGGCUUAAACCUUCUUCUCAGUAAGGCCAGGCAUUAAUCUGGCCCACGGUCAGGGUCUGAUCUCUACAAAUAGAAUCUGUACAUGAACACAGAGAGGAUUUUUGUGUCAGAAACACUCUUCUUGUUGGAGUAGAGUUGUUCCCUACAGAAAGGGAAACUCAUGUAAAGAAAAGAUUCAUCAGUCGUAAUAGCAGAGUGUAUCUAAAGAUGGUUUAUUCUUUUAUUUAUCUCUAAAAACAGACGACAUGUAAGUGCAGAAUACAGUCCAGUCUUGGAUGUCGUCUCUACUCAAACUAAAUUCCUGCCUCUUGAGUCCCUGCUUUGACUGUAUCAAUGAUUAGUGCAUGGACGAGGAGGUCUUGGUUGCACCAAUAUCUUGGUCAGGACUGGCAGCCCCAAUAAUAUGCCUUUUCUCAUAGAAGCUACAUUAUCCACACUACUCAGAAAAACAUCUGUCUUUGCUUUGCUUUGCUCUCUGAUAUUUCCUGGUCAUACAAAAAGAAUACUCUGGUCAAAACCAUCAUUGAUGGCUUCUGUAACUUCUCUAUCAGUGGAUUAGUUCUUUGUCUUUUUAUUCACCUUGGACUGUUGUGACUCAUUAGAAAUAAGCUUCCAAUUAGCUAGACAUCUGAAGAUUUAAACAAUGGAUCCUAGUGCAGCUAUGAAAAGCCAAAGUGGAGUGUGCAUUCACAUGAACGUGGAUCGCCAGGGUGGAGUAAAUUGAAGACGAGGUUGGUUCAAAAGAAUUUAGGUCUAUCAUAAAGGCUGGUCUUAUAAAGGAAAGCUGCUCUGUUGAGACCAGCUAGUGCAUCUCACCCCAAACCAUUGACUGUAUAUAAAUAUGGACGACACACCUUUAAGUGAAACCAAAAUAGCCCCUGUGACAGACGCUGACAUGUUGCUAUGGGGGAGCCAAGGCUUGUGCAGAAGCAAUCUGGCUGGUGGAGAUGCAGGACUGAAGUCACACUUCUGCAAACCAAAUCACAUUUAACCCUCAAAGAUCUAGACAACAUUAUGUUUGAUAACUUGAACCGCUAAUCCUAUCAACAAGCUUUAAAAACUCAGUUACAGCUACAUAGACUGUAUAAAAUAUGGACGUAGUAUCUGCUGUUGAGCGAUAGUGACGUAAAGAGGCGGGCUUUGAGCUUCCUAGCCAACAGCUACAGUGCUCCCGCCUGUCAAUUAAGUCAGCUGUGCCUCUCAUUGGAAGACUCCUAAUCUCAAUAUCUUCAAAAUUGCUGCAUUAGAAAAAAAUUCACCCUCCGUACAGUGUGUGCCGAUCGAGAAAUGAGCUAUCCAGACUACACUCGUCUUGUGUACCAGACUGUAAACAUGUUUAUUAAUGCUGUAAAGAUCGCCUUUUUUUAAUUGGUGUGUAUGUGGUUUCCGGUUCAUCCGGGGUCAGCCUCAAGUGGACACUUGAUGAACUGCAGUUUUUAGCACUUCCGCAUUGGACUCAUAUUUUUAGACCAGAGGUUGCCGCUUGGUUACAGCGGACAUUCUCAGCUUUCCAUUGAUACCACAUUUGUCUCAUUCGGCAUAUUCAAAAUAAAUUCAGGAGAGUCUGGCGCCCCCAAAAAUGGUCUCGGUCUUUAAGGGUUAACUACCUGAAAGAACGUCAGAGAUCCCUCAGGUUGGUACGGACCACUGCAGAGCAGGUUCCUGUGUUGAUUUGGAGCAGACGCUCGUGUGUGUGGAAAGUUCAUUAUCUCUUGUGUCACGUUUUCUCUCACCGUGCCUCCUCUACUCUGCUAAUCUAGUGAAGAACACUGCAGGAAAUGCGAUUGUCAACAGAGCUGUCAAUCAUAGCCUCCCUAUUUUUAGCAUCAAAUAAGUGACUACAACUGAACUUCUCAGAGGAAUGAACACAUGGGCAUCAAUCUGCAUGAUAGAAGUGUCAUGGCAGGCAGCAUGUCUGAGAAACAUUUGAUGUAUCAUGUACUUUCCUAGUUGGACCCAUGUUCCAUCUGUUAACAUGGAGGAGGCGGGCUUUAUGACCUGCACUGCAGCCAGUCACCAGAUGGAGCUCUUUAUGUUUUGGCUUCACUUUUGGGAGCUAGUGUCCUCUAUGUUUUAAGUACGGUCAAAGGUCUGGACUCACAACCCUAAACACGUGUACACCCCCUGAUCCCCACAGACUCACUCCGUACAGUAGUUAACAGAACCGUUCUCCUGCAGGUGGAUAGAACCUAGAACAAAUGUUAACAUGUGGUGACGUUAACAUUGAAGUCUUUGCCAGGUGCUUGGUAUGUUAUUGCAAUACAGAACACACAGAACAACCUGUCAUCUCUGGGAGGCCUGUCUUCAUGGCUUUUAAUAGGCAGUGUAUUUUUGAUAUUGGCAUGUGCAAUUAGACACUACAGUCACCCGUUGUAGACGACUCAGCUUUAAGUAAAUCUACAUCUCUCCACUGCAAAUAGUGUCUCACAUGUAUGUAUUGUUUUGUGACAGCUGCUGCAGGUUGUUUAUAAGGAGAGAAGAAGAUGUGUGAAAACUUUAUUUAGAAGAAGAAACACAUGUAUUAUUUUUUUUUCCAAGUGUUGAAUUUAAAAUGCCAUUUUCUGGUUAACAUAAUGUAUUUUUUCACAUUUCCUGCAUAACAAACAUGUCUGUACAUAUUUCAUCCAUUUACUAAAUAAAGAUGCAUGCAGGUCAUUUGCCUGUAGAAUAGCAUUUGAUGUGCAAUCUAAGUUAGAUGCCAAAACUAGAGAAAUAAACAUUAUUGAAGUACUGUGAAGAUGUUUUUUCUGCUUUUAGAUCGGGACUUUUCCUCAUCAUAAAACACAUCUCAUACAUGUCCUGAUGAUUGUAUUUCCUGCCAUGUAAAAUAAACCUUCUUUUGAAUGUCUCAUUA